AUGAAUCCCACCGACACCCUCACCACUUCGGCCAUGGCCGCUCUCACCGACAUUGAGUCUCAGCGCAAGCGCAACUUCGGCAACCCCGCGGCGAACUUUGGCAAUCGCGCUGCCAUGUAUGGCAGCUACCAGAACCAGGCCCAGCGUCCUUCUUUCCUGAGCACCGGACAUCCUGGUAUGCUGCCAUACCACGGACUUGUGGGAGACCAGAGCCUCGCUGCACUGACCCAGGGAUUUGCCGCGUCGUCCGCCGAGCUUGGAGGAGUGCCUCUUCAGGCGCAGAUGCAGCAUGGCCAGCAUGCCAUGGUCUACCAGCAACACCAAAUGAUCCCUGGCCUCAACAACUAUCACGGCCUCCCCUCGCCCGGCGUCCAGACUCCGAUGAGUCACUACGUUCCCCAGACUGCGUUCCAGUAUGGCCAUCAGAUGAUGGACAACAACAGCCCCAUCACUGGCAGCUGGGCCUCCCGUGUCUCGUCUUCUGAACCUUCGCUUGUCACCCCCCGGCGGGACUCCAUCUCUUCUACGGAGCAGGACCUUCCCGGCACGCCGUACACCGGAAACAAUGCUGCUUAUCAUCCCAACGUCUACAUGAAUGGUUCUCCGAACGCCAUUUAUCCCGGAAGUGGCACGCCGUCUCCUUCGCACCUGGGUCCUUUCUACGUUCCCCAGAUGAACAAGGCACCGGCUCAGAUCGCGUCCAUUCCCAGCGACAUUCAGGAGCUGCUUUCGAAGGAUCCGCCUAUUCCGAGGGCCAUCCCGGCUCCCAGCUCGCCUAUCAAGCCUCUAGACCGCAGCUUGGAGAACAAGAACGGCGAGACGAACGUCUACAUCCGUGGCCUUCUUCCUGAGACGACGGAUGAAAUGCUCCAUCAGUGGGGCAUGCGUUUCGGCGAUAUCCAGAGCUCCAAGUCGAUCAUUGAUGUCAAGACUAAUCAGUGCAAAGGUUAUGGGUUCAUCAAGUACUACAACUUCAAGGAUGCCGAGAACUGCAUUCGUGGCUUCCACUACCUUGGCUACGAAGUCAGCUUCGCGAGGGAAUCUUUCUAUGCGAAGCUGAAGAAGUUCUCGGACGAAUCCAACACCAACCUCUACGUCUCCAACAUUCCUCGCCACAUCAACGAAGCCGAACUGACCUCCAUCUUUCAUCCUUACAAGGUCUGCUCCAGCAAGAUCCUGCGCGACGGUGGCGGCCACGGCCGUGGUGUUGGCUUCGCUCGCUUUGAGACUCGCGACAUCUGCGAGGAGGUCAUCAAGAAGUUCAACAACACCCCUGUGUCCGUUCCUGACGGCGAGGACCACGUCAUCCAGAUCCGUUAUGCCGACACGCAGGAGCAGAAAGUCCUCAAGCAACAGACUGCUGCUGCUCGCCAGUUCAGGGCGGCUGAAUUCGAGUACGGCGUACUUCAAUCCAGGGCUGCGAAUGCGAACGGUGGCUUGAUUGCCCCCCAGCAACGCCUGAGCUCCCUCACGCCUGCUCAGAAAGAGGCCUCGAACGAAUUCGAGAACUUCCUCGCCGGUUCCAACUCGCAGAACUACCCGCCGCGCUACGACCGAAACUUCCGCAACCUGGUGGCUCGCUCAUCUCAGCUCUCGCAGACUACUACAAACAACAAUCUUCCUUCCGUCAAGGUGGAAGCCGAGGAGGCAGAGAAGCCUCGCCCCACUACUCCUGUCAUUGCUCACGGAGACCACUCUUCGGCCUCGAGCAAUGCGCCGAGCGACCGCGAGUGA